AUGUGUAUGAUGAUCUUCCCGGAUGGCCUCUCUGCUGGAAGCACUGACUCUCUUAUUUUUCCCCACAAGAUUGGGACAGAUCUCAACACUCGCUUUGGUCUUUCGCGACUACCUGCAUCGCAGUUGCCUGAAGUGAUUCUUAACAGCCGAAAUCUUUUAGAGUGGGCUGCUCAAAAAACCUUAAUCCAUGGUGUGGGUUACUCGGUUACGAUGCCGGGUUUGCGACUCAUAGAAAUAACCCGGCCAGAUUGGAUAGAGCAUGUCCAAAAGACUAACUUCCAAAAUUAUGUCAAGGGUUCAUUAUUUCAGGAGGUGAUGUCCGAUGUUUUCGGACAAGGAAUAUUUGUUACUGACGGCGCGGCUUGGAAAACGACAAGACAAACAACUGCAAGGAUUUUUAACACGAACAAUUUCAAUAAUAUCAUUACUCCAGCCGUGCACAAAACGUUGGACUCCUUCAUGGAAGUACUCAAUUUUCAUUCAGAAACACAGACUGCUGUGGAGAUGGAUAGUCUGCUGCACCAAUUCACCCUGGAGUCGUUUGUCAAAAUGACAUUCAGCCAAGAUAUGGGUAGUCUAAAAGCCGGCCUCUCAGGCCAGAAGACGGAACCGUUCGCCGAAGCGUUUGACUACGUCCAGAAGCAGCUGGAUUUGCGAUUCAUUAUGACUGCAAUAUGGGUGAGACUGGGCCGUUUUGUGGGUAACCGACCCAAGAUGAUUGCGGCUCGUCGGACGCUUGAAAACUACGCAUACGAGCUCAUCGACUCGAGGGCUGCAAAUCCUAAUAAGGACACCCAAGUCUACCAAGAUCUUCUGGGUCUUUUCAUGAGUUUUACCGAUGAGAAAGGGUUGUCACUGUCACGAAGUGAACUGAAAGACUCGGCUCUCAACUUGAUCAUUGCUGGAAGAGACACGACAGCACAGGCACUCUCGUGGACUUUUUUCCACUUGAUCCGGAACCCAGACGUGGUGGCCAAGAUGCGAGCUGAGAUUGACCAGCUGAUGGCAUCCAACGAUGAGCUGGUCGACUAUCUAAACUAUAAACAAUUCACCUAUAACCUCGCCGUCUUUUAUGAAGCUCUCCGAUUACAUCCGUCGGUACCCAAGAACGCCAAAUUUGCGGUGGAUCAUGAUAAAAUCCCAAAUGGCCCGUUGGUACAACCUGGAGAUUGUUUACGCUGGAGUGAUUGGCAGAUGGCCAGAGAUCCGAGCAUAUGGGGGCCUGAUUGCACCGAGUUUAAACCGUCUCGUUGGAUAGACGACAGCGGAAACUUGAAGCAGUUUGGACAAUGGAAGUUCCAUGCAUUCAAUGGUGGUCCGCGGGUAUGUAUAGGCAUGCAUCUGGGCACUUUGGAAGCUAUUGCGUGUCUUGUGCAAGUGGUUAGAACCUUUGAUCUAGAAUAUGAACCAGGAUGGUAUGAAAAAGUACCCAUGAUCCGUAAAAUCAGCCCGGAUAGCACCGAGCAGACCCCUCGUUACGCCGCUUCCUUGACCUUACCCAUGCUCAAUCACAUGAGAAUCUUGGUUCACAAAAGAAAAUCAUAAUUGAUUCAAUUUUUUUUUUUUUUGCAAUUGUCAUGGUGUUUCUUGAUGGAAGAACACUGAUAGAUGAUAAGGCUAGAAUUUCACUUUCCUUAUAGUCCAAAACUGAGAUGUGUUGAUACUAAGUUUUUUUAGUAUCUAUCUAAUUGGGUUUAUCAAAGAAAAAAAAUAUGCAAACACAUCUUCCUAGCUUCACAAUUGUGUAUCUCUAUCAUUCAUGUGUCUCUCUAUCUUGUGCCUUGACUUUUUCCAGCUGAUUACAAAAACAGAGGAUCAAGGAGAAGUAGACACGGUACAUUGGCAACAUUUGAAUCAACUUUUAUUAAUCAAUCUUUUAGCUGAAACAAC